UAUCCAACAUGGCGUACGUCCCAUCUCAUCUGGUGAAGGGCAUCACACAUCAACAGCGUGUGAUGCGCUUGUACAGAAACAGUUUAAGGCAUUUGCUAGAUUGGGUCAUAGACAGACAGACAUGGAGGCAAGAGGCAGUUAAAUUGAGAGAGAGAUUCGAUGCUCACAAACACGAGAAAGAUAGGAGGGUGAUUCACAAGAUUCUGGAGGCGGCCGAACGUGAAUUUGAGAAACAUAAACAUCCAUUCCCUUAUGUUCACCCGGACAGCCCUGAUGGCAGCAAGUGGGAAAGAAACAUACCGCCUCCUCCUCAUAUGCUUCAUAUGCUUCCCUGGGAAGAAGAAUGGCACAAAGAGAUGACUGAAUGGGCAAAUGAGAAAGUAUAGAUGGAAAUACUUUUCUGUAAAAG